GGGAGAGCAGCGAUGAGACGCUCUAACUCACAUUCAAGUUAAAGCGAUUGCAUUUCUGAGCAUUUUGGAUUAACACGGGCUUUUAAGUGAAUAUGGGUCCUAUUAGGAUCCUUCUUCUAACCAUUUUAAUUGGAUAUAGCACAAUCUCGCCCGGAGCUGAAGGAGCGUGUGUCCAUCAAGGCUCAUUGUUUGCGAAUAAUACAUCAUGGAAACCAGACACCUGUCAAGACUGCAUCUGCUACAAUGAUAUUGUCAUCUGCAAACCAACGCGCUGCCGAAAUCCCCAGUGUGACUUUCCGAGGGGUGAGCGUUUAAGAAUCCCACCUAACAAGUGUUGUCCUGAAUGCUUUGCGCCGUCGCCCGGCAUCUGUCACCAUGAAGGACUGGUUUAUGGGCAUGAUAGUCAAUGGAGUAACUCCAAAUGUUCAGUGUGCACAUGUGCUCAUGGGAAGGUGACCUGUGGGCCACGCGCCUGUCCUCCUCUCAGCUGUGGGAAAGACCAGAGUCCUUUUAUCCCAGAUGGAAACUGCUGUCCAGUUUGUGCUCAUAAUGGAGUCUCUUGCUCCUGGGAAGGCCGUGAGUACAGAGAUGGGUUGGAGUGGACGUCAAGCCCCUGUACAAAGUGCAGGUGCAGAAACGGACACACUGAAUGCCUGGUGGCUGAGUGUCAGCCGGUUACAUGCAAAGUGAAUGAGAACCUGGUGGUCCAUCCAGGACAGUGCUGUCCACAGUGUGAGCCAAAUCCCUGUAUGGAGGCUGGGAAUGAGUACAAGCAUGGCGAGCAGUGGCAGAGGAGCAGCUGUACAACCUGUGUGUGUGAUCGUGGUCAUUCUCGCUGUCAAACUGAGAAGUGUCCUCCUCUCCAUUGCGAUAAGGGUCAGACGAAGGUCAAGCGAGCCGACCAGUGCUGUGAAGACUGUGCCACAUCUAAAGGCAGCUGCCUCUAUGAGGGCAUUGUUCGUUACCAUGGCGACAUGUGGAACGGCACAGGCUGUGAGUUCUGCAUGUGUGAACGGGGUCAGGUGCUGUGCCAACGGGUCGAGUGCUCCAGAUCAGAGUGCCCACGGGGAGAAAAACUGGUCCAUUUGCCUGGAAAGUGCUGCCCAGAGUGUAAGACGACAACCAGUUCCUGUACAUAUUCACAGCCAGACCAAAAGGGGCAGAAAGCCAUCAAGAGUUUUAGACGUCUCUCUAAUCUAGAGAUUGUCAGAGAAGGGUUGUGUCGAGAGUGCCAGUGUCAAGAGGGUCACGUGACCUGCUACCAGCACUCCUGUCCCACCUGUCCACUGGGAACACUAACUAUACCUCACCGGGAGCAGUGCUGUCCCGACUGCAAUCCAGAAGUAAAGUGCCACGAGGACUGUCUGACAUGCUCUGGCACACCGGAUCACUGUGCCAGCUGUCGAGACCCUUCUGCCCUGCUAAUGAACGGACGCUGUCUGCAGGCCUGUCCUCAAGGCUUUUUCGCUCAGGGCAAGGUUUGUGCAGCCUGCCAGCCGUCAUGUGCCACCUGUGAGAAUGACUUUGAAUGCACAGCGUGCGGUGGGUCGUUUCUGCUCAGUGGCAGGCAGUGUGUGGCCACCUGUGAGAGAGGUCUGUUUCAGGCCCACACACACUGCCUCAGUUGCCAUGACUUAUGCUCAUCGUGUCAGGGGGCGGGGCCUCAGGAUUGUUUGACAUGCUCAGACUCCUCCCACUUACUGAAGGAUGGAUACUGUGUUUCAGACUGCGGCCCAGGCUUUUACACAAGUCAAGGCAACUGUUACGCUUGUGACCCUUCCUGUGCAACCUGCCAACCUGACAGCCCCAGCUGUAUGAGCUGCCCUGCAGAACAUGCACUGCAUCAAGGGAAAUGUGCACCACAAUGUCCAGCGCAGUAUUACAAGGAUGACCACGGCCGAUGCCAAGCUUGCCACAGUUCGUGUGCGUCCUGCUCGGGGCCUGCUGUGUCUCACUGCACCUCCUGCUCAAAGGCUCUGAUCUUGAACCAGGGCCAGUGUGUGGAGUCCUGUGGAGAGGGCCUGUUCUCCAGAGCGGGACACUGUCACAGUUGUCAUUCGUCCUGUAGGGUCUGUGUGGGUCCAGACUCCUCAGACUGCACACAGUGUGUCAAAAUGGAAGAGGUGCUGCAGCCUCAAAAUGGACAUGUCUCUCACGGGUCCUGCAUGUCCGCCUGCAGGCCACAGCAUUACCUUGAAACAGAUCGGACCUGCAGAGAAUGCCACAGCUCAUGUUCAGGCUGCAUUGGUGGAAGUUUUCAGAACUGUACCUCCUGUUUGCGACCCGGUGUCCUUCAUCAAGGGCAGUGCCUCAGCAAAUGUCCCAAUGGCUUCUUCCACAUUCAGGACCUCACUUGUCAAGCUUGUCAUCCAUCAUGUAAGGAGUGCACUGGCACAUCUCAGGCCGACUGUUCUGCCUGUCCCGCUCAUGCCAGUCUUCAUAACGGUUACUGCCGAACCAGCUGCCCCGAGGGCCAGUACCUCAAUUCUGUGGGUUUCUGCGAUGAGUGCGAGGAGGGAUGCCAGCGCUGUGUCGCAGACCUGCAGUCUGGCUCUGGCACUGUGUGUUUGUGGUGUAAAGUUCCCAGAAUGCUUCUGCUGGGCAAUCACUGUGUUCCCGAGUGCCCACACAAACACUACCGCUGGCAUGGAGCCUGCAAAAAAUGUCACUCUUCCUGUGAGGAGUGCAGUGCUGAUGGUCCUCUUUCUUGUACCUCUUGUUUGGCCCCUGAAGUUUUGGCCCCAUCAGGACUCUGUAGUCCACGCUGUCCGACUGGAUAUUAUGCUGAUGAAAACCGAGUUUGCCAAAAGUGUGAUUCUCAGUGUCUGAGCUGUGAGAUGGCAGGCGUGUGCUCGUCCUGUAGAGAUCCAGCUAAAGUGCUUCUGUUUGGGGAGUGUCAGUAUGAGAGCUGUGCUCAUCAGUAUUACCUCAACACCAGCACACGCACAUGCAGAGAAUGCGACUGGAGCUGUAAUGCGUGCCGUGGACCUCUGCGCAGUGACUGCCUGCAGUGCAUGGAGGGAUACGUCCUGCAGGAUGGCAUUUGUGUGCCGGGUUGCUCACCGGGAUUCUACCAGGAUGCAGAGAGAUGUCUGAGCUGUGAAGAGCACUGUGAGCAGUGCCAGGCUCAUGGUCAGUGCCAGCGGUGCCAGUUGCCGUAUGCCUCAUUUAACGGACAUUGUGUGCUGGAAUGCAGAAAGCACUAUUUUCUAGAUGACUCGACUCGACAGUGCACCGCAUGCUCAGCUGGUUGUGUGGAGUGUGUGAGUGCAGGCGAGUGUCGCGUCUGUGCUGAAAACACCUUCCUGAAGGAUGGCAGAUGCAUCCCAGACUGUGGUCAUGGAUAUUAUGCUGACCUAAAAACAAGAGCUUGUCAUGCAAAUAGUCGUGCUCCUUCUCUUUACAUCAAUGGCUCUCUGCUGGUUCCUAUUGGUGGAGUUAAGCCUCUGGAUCCAGCACUCCUGUCAAUUAAGGAUGCAGAUAGCCAAUCAGAGAGCAUGUUGCUUCAGCUCCUUCAGCCGCCCAGUAAUGGCCACCUCAGGCUGCUGGAGAAUGACAGAGAGAGAUCGCUGGGCAAAGAUGACACUUUCACCUAUACUCAGCUCAAACGCAGAGCGGUGCGCUUCAUUCACGACAAAGAGCAGACCAAAAGUGGGCAGUUCACGUUAAGGGCAGCAGAUCCUCAACUGUUCUCUCAGCCUCAGACUGUUACUGUGCAGGCUCUCUCUCAGCAGCCACCCACUGUAAUCACCAACCAAAUCCUGUACAUUAACUCUGGCGAGACAGCCGUCAUCAGCAGAUCUAUUCUACACAUCAGCGACCUUGACAAUCCUCAGGACGUGUUCAUCACGGUUCUGGAUCCACCUCAGCACGGUCGCCUGACAUACAUGCACAGUGAUACGCAGGUCACCCAUUUUAAACUGGAAGAGCUAGAUGGCGAGCAGCUGCAGUAUGUUCAUGAUCGUUCAGAUGGAGACCAGGACAGACUUCUGCUGCAGGUCAAUGACGGACACAGCUACCAGAACGUCCUGUUCCACAUCAGCAUUGAACAGAAGGUUGGAUUGACUCCGCACCUGCGUUCAGUGCCCAAAACUUGGGUGAAGGAGGGAGGAAUGGUGCAGCUUUCUAAAAAGUGUCUCAAUGCUCAAUUCAAAGGAGCCAGUGACUCUGAGAUCCUGUACAGCAUCCAUUCUGAGAGCGGACAGCCCAAAUACGGAGAGAUUGUGCUGGUGUCUAUGCCCGCUGACGGUCCUGUGGAAGCGUGGCAAGCCUUUUCUGAUGGUCAAGACUCUACACCCACCAGCUCAUUUACACAGCAAGAUGUAAAUGAAGGCACUGUCUGGUACCGACAUUAUGGAUCUGGAACACAGAGAGACACUUUUCAGUUUCAGGUUUCAAGUGAGAUCUAUCCAGAGACUCUGAGCGAUACACAGACCUUCACUAUAGGAGUGAUGCCUCAGAGCCCUGGCAUGCCUCAGCUUUCACCUGGAGUCGAUCUGCAGAUCACUGCGCUGGAAGAUCGCGUGACUGUGAUCUCUCCAUCUGCUCUCUCCUUCACUGACUCUGAGACACCCAGCGACAAGCUUGUCUACAACAUCACCAAAGCGCUCACCUCAGGCCACGGUGUGCUGGAGCACAAGGACAGACCUUAUCAUCAUGUGCGUCUCUUCACCCAGGCUGACGUAGAUUCUGGCAAAAUUAUCUACAGACCCCCACAGGCCCCAUCUCAUCUUCAGGAGCUUUAUCAAUACUCAUUUACAGGUCUGCCAGAAUCAGUGAGCGUCCAUUUCACAGUGUCUGGUGGAGAACACACCACCCCAGAGAUGGACUUUGCCAUCCUGCUUUUGGUCAAUCAUCAGCAGCCACCAGUCUUUCAGAUCCUGGACCCAGUGCUGGAGGUCAGCCUUGGCGGCAGGGCACCAGUGGGUGUGCAACAGUUGGCAGUAACAGAUUCAGACACGGCCCCUGAAGAGCUGGAGUUUGAGGUGGUGGAGGGACCACUACAUGGGACGCUCCUGAAAGUGGACCUUGGAUCCCAGGUCCAGAUGGUCAAUGGGGACACCUUUACCUCCAGUGAUGUCACCAGAAACAUCCUGCAGUAUGAACAUGCAGGGCUCACCACUGAAGAGGACUCCAUGACCUUCUCAGUGACUGACGGGAUCUCUAUGACCUCCAUCGCGGUGCAGGUUUUGGUGUCAGAGGUCAAAGGCGACGCACCCAAGCGUGACCCAAAGGCUUUUCUUUCCAUGGAAGUUGCAGAGAAGAGCAGCAGCAUCAUUAGACGUUCACAUUUAGCUUAUAUGGAUGAUGCAUCUCCAGAUGAGAGGAUUUUUGUGCAGUUAGUCUCUGUGCCAAUGUAUGGGAUCCUUACAAAAAAUAAAGCUGGAGCAGACUAUGAGGAGCUUAGUGAAUAUUCUUCCUUUACAAUGGAGGACAUCAACAACCACAAAAUAAGGUAUGUUACGUCCUUUGAAACUGGGAACCAGCCUGUGACUGACAUUUUCCACUUCGUCGUCUAUGAUGGUGAUAACAAUCGUCUGGAAAACCAGAUGUUCACUAUCACUAUCACCACUACCCAGAGGCAGCCACCUGUUGUCAGCGUCCGCAGUGGCAUUAAAGUUCAGGAAGGUGGGAGAGUCCAGCUCUCAACCAAUCACAUUAUUGCAUCUGACCCAGACACACCCAGAAAGGACCUGCUGGUUUGGCUGAUCAGACCACCUAAAUUUGGCUUCAUUGAGAACACAAAGCAAGCAGUGGUUGGUGAAUCUCGCGUGAUCAGCACUGAUGUCCCCUUCACUAUUGAAGACCUCAAUUCAGACCAUAUCUUCUACGUGCAAAACAUUCGCCAAUCCAAUAUUCGACAGGAUGUCUUCAGCUUUUAUAUCAGUGAUGGAUCAAGUCAAACUGAGGCUUUUGAUGUCACUAUAGAUAUUCAGCACACCAAAGAGGACCUAGUUCCAAUUAUCUCUGUAAAUAGCAUCCACGUGGAGGAGAACUCUGGUGUGGUCAUUACCAACUCCUCCCUUAACGUACUGGACCGGGACACGCCAGAGAAUGAGCUUUUGCUUACCAUCAUCAAGAAGCCUUCAUACGGGAAGAUACGCAGAAGGCAGUUUUACUCAGACCCUUUAGAGAAUGGCAGGAUUCUUCAGCAGGGAUCCACCUUCACCUACCAGGACAUUCUUGAUGAGCUGCUGGUCUACACUCCAGACGGACGUGGCUCUGGGACUGAUGAGAUCCAGUUUUCAGUAACAGACGGCAUAUACACGGAGACGGGCCGUCUGGAGUUCAGUAUGGAUAUUAGGAAGAAAGAAGGCCCUAGAGUAACAAUCAACAGAGGACUGCAGCUCGCAGCAGGUUCUUCAUCUAAAAUCACGGAGCAGCAUCUGAAAGGAACGGACAUAGAUUCAGAUAACCUAAAGCUGAGGUUCACCCUCAUCAAAGACCUAAGUGUGGGCUCCCUGAUGCUGAAAACAGGCAGAAACAAGGCUCGCGUAUCCGUGAAAGGACCCGUCACCAGCUUCACCCAGGAUGACAUCAACAAAGGACAUGUGGAAUACAUUCAUGAAAAAGGAGAGAGCGGAGGAAGCUUCUCUUUUAAGUUCAACCUAGAAGAUCCUGAGGGAAACAGAGUCAUUGACCAGUCUUUCUUCAUUAGUGUUCUGGAGGACAGACUUCCUCCCACAGUGGUGGUUAAUAAGGGUUUAGUUUUGGAUGAGAACUCCUUGAAGAAGAUCACAACUCUGCAGCUCUCCUCUACUGAUCAGGAUAGUGAACCCGAUGAACUCGUUUACCGAAUCACUAAACAGCCCCAGCUUGGUCAUCUAGAACAUUCUAACAAACCAGGAACACGGAUCAGCUCGUUUACCCAGGCUGACCUGGCCUCUCGCAGCAUUCAGUAUGUGCACACCAGUGAAGACGAGAUUCACUCCGAUGACUUCACCUUCACUGUAUCUGAUGGAGGAAACGAGGUCUCACAGACGUUCUACAUCACCAUCCGGCCGGUGGACGAUGCUCUGCCUGUGUUGCAGGUGCCCGGCAUGAGGGUGCAGGAGGGCGUGAGGAAGACCAUCACUGAGUUUGAGCUCAAGGCCACCGAUGCUGACACUGAGGAGGACUCUGUCACUUUCACCAUUGUUCAGGCACCUCGUCAUGGGACCAUCGAGCGCACCAGUAAUGGUCAGCAUUAUCGUCAGACAAACACCUUCACUAUGGACGACGUCUACCAGAACCGCAUCAGUUACAACCAUGAUGGCAGUAACUCCCUCAAAGAUCGAUUCACCUUCACUGUCGGUGACGGCACCAACAUGUUCUUCAUCAUCGAGGAGGGUGGAAAAGAGGUUGUCACUGCUGCUCCUCAAAAGUUUAAAAUUGACAUUUUACCUGUUGAUGACGGGACCCCUCGUAUUGUUACCAACCUGGGCCUGCAGUGGCUGGAGUACAUGGAAAAUAAGGCCACUAAUCUGAUCUCCAAGAAGGAGCUUUUCACUAUCGAUCCAGACACAGAUGAUGGACAGCUGACUUAUGAAAUCACUACAGAAGCUAAGCACGGCUACCUGGAGAGUAAACUCAAUCCUGGCAAACCUAUCACCUCUUUCACACAAGCUGACAUAAACCUUGGCCUUAUCCGAUACGUUCUAAGCGAGGACAAUGUUCAGGAGACCAUGGACAACUUCAAGUUCCUUGUAAAGGACAGCAAACCUAACAUCGUCAGUGACAAUGUGUUCCACAUCCAGUGGUCUCUGAUCAGCUUUGAACACAAGAGUUUUAACGUGAGUGAGAAGGAUGGAACGGUGGCGGUCACAGUGAAGAGGACUGGUAAUCUGAACCAGUAUGCUAUUGUGCUGUGUCGAACUGAGCAGGGCACUGCCACCUCCACCUCCAGCAUGGGCUCUCGGGCCGGACAGCAGGAUUAUGUUGAAUACGCCGGACAGGUUCAGUUUGAUGAGAGAGAAGACACCAAGGUGUGCACCAUUGUGAUCAACGAUGACCAGGUGUUUGAGAACAUCGAGAGCUUUAAUGUGGAGCUGAGUAUGCCGGUGUAUGCCCUCCUGGGCUCAGUGACCCGAGCUAAAGUCAAUAUCAAUGACACGGAGGAUGAGCCCACUUUGCAGUUUGAUAAGAAAACCUACCACGUCAAUGAGAGCACUGGUUUCAUAUUUGCUCCUGUUGAGAGAAAAGGUGACACCAGCAGCACAGUUUCUGCCCUGUGCUACACUGUGCCUAAAUCAGCUCGGGGCAGCAGUCUUCACGCUCUCGAGUCCGGCUCAGACUACAAGACCCGUGGCAUGAGUGGCGACAACAGACUCAUCUUUGGUCCAGGAGUGAGCAUGUCCACCUGUGACGUCAAGCUGAUCGAUGACAGCGAGUAUGAACUCUCUGAGGAGUUUGAGCUGGUGCUGUCAGACGCCUCAGAUAAUGCAAGGAUGGGCGACGUCACUGUGGCCAAAGUCAUCAUCGACGGGCCCAACGACGCCUCUACUGUGUUUCUGGGAAACGCAUCAUACACCUUCAGUGAAGAUGCAGGCACCAUUGAAAUCCCUGUUCUGCGGCAGGGCAGUGAUCUUUCAUCAGUCACCUCAGUGUGGUGCGCCACACGUCCUGCAGAACAAGAUUCAGCCACGCCUGGAGUCGACUACAUCCCCAGCUCCAAAAAAGUAGAGUUCAAACCAGGCAAGACCGAGGAGACAUGCAGUUUGACCAUAAUGGAUGACAUCCAGAACCCAACAAUAGAAGGGAAAGAAUCCUUCAUUGUGUUUCUUAGCUCUGCUAAUGGAGCGGUCCUGACUGAACCCUAUGAAGCCUCUGUCUACAUCACUGACACCACUCAAGACAUCCCAAGCAUGCAGUUUGACAAGCUGGCAUAUACAGUAAAGGAAAAAGAUGGCGUCCUGCACAUCCCUAUUUUUAGGACAGGAGAUCUGUCCUAUAAGUCUUCUGUCCGCUGUUUCACCCGCACAAUGUCUGCAAUGGUUAUGGAUGACUUUGAGGAGAGGAGAAAUGCAGAUGAUUCGAGAAUCACCUUUCAGAAAGGGGAGAAGGUGAAGAAUUGUACAGUACUGAUCCAGGAUGACUCCGUGUUUGAGCCUGAAGAGGAGUUCCAGGUCCACCUUGGAAGCCCACAGGGUGACCAUUGGAUUGGAGCCAUGAUUGGAGUCAACGACAUUGUGACUGUGACCAUCACAAAUGAUGAAGAUGCACCUACGAUCGAGUUUGAACAAGCCACAUAUCAAGUUCGUGAGCCACCUGGUCCCGAUGGCAUUGAGGUUUUGAAUAUCAAGGUAAUUCGUAAAGGAGACCUCGACCGCACCUCCAAAAUUCGAUGCAGCACGAGGGAUGGAUCGGCCCAGUCAGGUGUGGACUAUAACCCAAAGAGUCGAGUGCUGAAGUACAGCCCUGGUGUGGACCACAUCAUGUUUAAGGUGGAGAUUCUGUCCAAUGAGGACAGAGAGUGGCAUGAGUCUUUCUCUUUGGUCCUUGGUCCUGACGACCCAGUUGAAGCUGUUCUUGGAGAGAUCAUCAUUGCAACAGUCACUAUUCUGGAUCAGGAGGCUGCAGGAAGUCUUAUCCUUCCGGCUCCACCCAUUGUGGUGUCUCUAUCAGAUUAUGACUACGUUCAGGAGGUCACUAAAGAGGGCAGCAAGAAGUCUCCGUCUCCUGGAUAUCCGCUGGUCUGUGUGACCCCCUGUGACCCCCACUACCCCAAAUACUCCGUCAUGAAGGAGCGCUGUGAGGAGGCAGGCAUCAACCAGACUUCUCUACACUUCAGCUGGGAGGUGGCAACUCCUACAGACACCAGCGGAGCAAGAUCUCCCUUCGAGACUGUGACCGACAACACACCCUACACCACAAUCAACCACAUGGUCCUGGACAGCAUUUAUUUCAGCAGGCGCUUCCAUGUGCGCUGUGUAGCCCAAGCCAGAGAUAAAGCCGGACACCUGGGAACUCCACUGAGGAGCAACAUUGUCACCAUUGGCACUGAGGGAUCAAUAUGCCACACUCCAGUCACCACAGGGACCGCUCGAGGCUUCCAAGCCCAGUCCUUUAUCGCCACUCUAAAAUACCUGGAUGUCAAACACAAAGAGCAUCCAAACAGGAUCCACAUUUCAGUUCAGAUUCCCCAUCAGGAUGGGAUGCUUCCACUGGUGUCCACCAUGCCUCUGCAUAACCUGCACUUCCUGCUCUCUGAGUCCAUUUACCGUCAGCAACACGUCUGCUCCAACCUGGUCACACUUAAAGACCUGCAGGGUAUCUCUGAGACCGGCUUCUUGGAUGACGUGUCAUAUGACAGCAUAUCCCUGGGUCCUGGAUAUGACCGGCCAUAUCAGUUCAACCCCAAUGUUCGAGAACCCAGAACCAUACAGCUGUACAAGCAUCUCAAUCUGAAGAGCUGCAUCUGGACAUUCGAUGCUUAUUAUGACAUGACGGAGCUUAUCGAUGUUUGCGGAGGAUCAGUAACUGCCGACUUUCAGGUCAGAGACUCGGCUCAGUCCUUCCUGACAGUCCAGGUUCCGCUCUAUGUGUCCUACAUCUACGUGACGGCUCCUCGUGGAUGGGCGUCUCUGGAGCACCACACAGAAAUGGAGUUCUCCUUCUUCUACGACACUGUCUUAUGGAGAACAGGCAUUCAGACAGACAGCGUGCUUUCGGCCAGAUUACAGAUCAUUCGGAUCUUCAUUAAGGAUGACGGACGACUGGUGAUUGAGUUUAAAACCCACGCCAAGUUCAGAGGUCAGUUUGUCCCAGAGCAUCACACCCUCCCCGGACAGAAGUCUCAUCUGAUGGCUCCAGAUCACUUAGGAGGCAUGGAGUUCGACCUACAGCUGGUGUGGAGCGCACAGUCUUUUGAUUCACCCUAUCAGCUCUGGAGAGCCACAAGCUCCUACAGCAGGAAAGACUAUUCAGGGGAGUACACCGUCUUCCUCAUUCCCUGCACGGUACAGCCAACACAGGCAUGGGUGGACUCUGGGGACAAGCCUCUAUCCUGCACAGCACAUGCACCAGAGAAAUUCCUGCUGCCCAUCGCCUUCCAGCAGACCAACCGCCCUGUCCCUGUUGUCUACUCUCUGAAUACUGAGUUCCAGCUUUGUAAUAAUGAGAAAGUUUUUCUAAUGGAUCCUGCUCUCGCAGACAUGUCUGUGGCUGAGAUGGAUUACAAAGGAGCCUUUUCAAUGGGUCAAACCCUGUAUGGCAGAGUCCUGUGGAAUCCUGACCAGAACCUGAAUUCAGCCUACAAGCUGCAGCUGGAGAAAGUGUAUUUGUGUACGGGACGGGAUGGAUAUGUUCCCUUCUUUGACCCUACAGGCACACUGUAUAAUGAGGGCCCUCAGUAUGGCUGCAUUCAACCAAACAAGCACCUUAAACACAGGUUCUUACUUCUGGACCGAAAGCAGCCUGAUGUAUGUGAUCGCUACUUCCAUGAUGUUCCCUUUGAGGCCAGCUUUGCAUCUGACAUUCCUGACCUCCUGUCUUUGUCUGCGAUGCCCGGUGUAGACGGAUUCACAAUGAAGGUUGAUGCCCUUUAUAAGGUUGAAGCAGGGCACCAAUGGUACCUCCAGGUCAUCUACGUUAUUGGACCCGAGUCUAUUUCGUCUCCCAGAAUCCAGCGCUCAGUGACUUAUGAGCUGAAGCGAAGCCGCCGAGAUCUAGUAGACCGAUCAGGUCGCCUAAUGCUUGAUGAAUCAUUGAUCUACGACAAUGAAGGUGACCAGGUAAAGAAUGGCACCAACAUGAAGACCUUGAAGCUUGAGAUGGAACCAUCAGGCACCUUCAACCCCCAAAUGGGAGGAUCCAUUGGGGGUGGCGUGGCAGCCAUCCUCCUGCUUUUCUUAGUCCUUCUAGCGUUCUGUUUCAUGGUCAGGAAGUGCCGCAGGGUUGUCAAAAAGAGGCCUUCAAAGACGGUGGAGGAUUAUCCUCUGAACACAAAGGUGGAGGUCUGCAUUGAACGUCUGGAGAAAAACCUCAACAGCAAGCACUGCUCUGUAAGAAACAUCAACGUUCUCAACAAGAACCCCGACACCUACAAAGUCAAUGGGGUGAAAGUCAAACAGGUCAAUCUGGAGGUCAAACUCCACAACAAUCUAAAUGACGGCACUGAAGUCUGACCUUCUAGAGUAUUUAAUGAGAAAAAGAAACAUUUUCUAUGACUAUUUGUAAUAAUGACAUAUGUUUAAUGUAUUUUUGUAUGACCACGAGGACAAAAGGGAAAGUACGCUUGCCAGCUAUGCAGUGUAAAUCAUUUCACAACUGAGCUACCUCAAACACAUAACGGUGUCAUCAGAUCUUAUUUUCUUCCGAUCUCAGUUUGGAAUCAUCACUCUGUAUAUGAGAAUUGUUCAACAGCUCAGUGGUAGCUCAGCCACUUGGAGAGUUUGUAUCGCUGCGCCUGCUAUUUUAUCAUAUCUGUAAACUAAAAGCACAUGAAAGUAUUAAAGGAAGGAUGAGUGCCAACGCUUUGGACCGGAUGAGUGAUGUAAAUACGUUUAUUAAGUGCAAUUAUCGGAUGACAUGGUCGUCCCUGUAUUUUGAUCUGGUUUCGAUGCUCUGCCUCAUCGUGUACUUUACUUUUGGCCUGAUCACCGGUGUGCCAUGCUGAUAUAUUUGUCAAGUGCGAUUUAUUUAAUUCCAAAUCCGAAUAACUGCCCAAAGUGAUGCAUUUAAUUCGUGUAAACUGUCAGUACAUGCGGACGAGAAACCGAUGUGUUUUGAUGAACUGUAUGACUCUAUAGAUAUGAUAACCACUAUUGAUUUCCUGUCAGUCUGCUGUAGCAACACUGGACAACAAAAUGUUUCUUUGUUUUGUUUUGUUUUGUUUAUAUUACUGCUGUCUGUGCUGAUAUAACCAAACACUACCAAAUAUCUUCACACGGAUUGUUUGAGGUUAUCCACCUUAUGCUAUACUUUAUACUGCAUUAUUUAGUCUUGUAUUAUCGUCGCAUCAUGUAUUAAGGCUUGUGUAUUUGAUUUUGUUCUUUCUAUUCUUUGCUAAAUGUUUAUUAAUGUUGUAAGUUGUCACAUGACACAUGGUGCUGGUUUGCUCAAGAAAAUUCAGAAAACCCACCUGGGUGUAGUGUGGGAAUGCUAUAAUUAUUAUUUUACAGUUGGUCAAUUCUCUCUUUUACUCUUGCCUCUUUUUUUCUUUAUUUGGAAUUUAAUUUUUCAAGUGUCAAAGUGAGUGCCUAUCAAACAGGAACAUUUUGGUGAUUUCAGUUUUUGGUGCUAUCAUUUAUGGUAAAUUAAUCAACAUGAUGCCUGUUCUUGUGCCUUUUUAACAAUAAAAUAAAUGAAAAUGAAUUAAAAUGUU